CAAAUAAAAACGGCGCCAGUCACGAGAGUCACAUCCGCCAUAUGGCGGCAAAUCGCCCCCUUCGCUUCCCGUUCAAAAGCCCUAACUCAUCCAUCAAAUUCUCCCGGAGUUCAUCUUCGGUGCCAUUUUYUAGAUCGAAUGUGAUCGGACGUUCGAAGAUCAAGAACCGGAUUGAGUGCGAGAUCAAGAAUUUUGAGAAUUCUUACCAGUGGACUGUCGAAAGCGUUCCUGGUACUGAUCCUUUCUGCUCAAUUCAAAAUUCUGCUUCUAUCUCGACCUCGGUACCAAUGGCUGCUGCCUCGGCCGCCGCGGCUCUGGAAUUGACUUCUAAAAGCGACGGCAAGAGGAUCUGCCUCUUUUUCUGUGCGGAGACGAAGAUUCUCGCAGAGAAAAUCGCUGCGGAGUCUGAUGCAAUUGAGCUCCGUAAUAUCACAUGGAGGAAGUUUGAAGAUGGAUUUCCGAACAUAUUUAUACCUAAUGCUCAAGGAAUUCGUGGACGGCGUGUGGCCUUUCUGGCAUCCUUCAGUUCUCCCGCUGUAAUCUUUGAGCAACUCUCCGUUAUUUAUGCGCUGCCAAAAUUGUUCAUCUCUUCGUUUACACUUGUUCUUCCCUUUUUUCCAACUGGAACUUUUGAGCGUAUGGAGGACGAAGGAGAUGUUGCAACAGCUUUUACUCUUGCUCGGAUCCUAUCAAAUAUACCAAUUUCAAGAGGAGGGCCAACCAGCCUAGUUACUUUUGACAUUCAUGCCCUGCAGGAGAGAUUUUACUUCGGCGACAAUAUUUUACCAUGCUUUGAGAGUGGAAUUCCUUUGCUAAAAUCUAGAUUGCAGCAGUUACCAGAUUCUGACAUUGUCUCGAUUGCAUUUCCUGAUGAUGGAGCAUGGAAAAGAUUUCAUAAACAGCUUCAGCAUUUUCCUACGAUUGUAUGUGCCAAAGUUCGGGAAGGAGACCAAAGAAUUGUGCGCCUAAAGGAGGGAGAACCGAAGGGACGGCAUGUUGUGAUUGUUGAUGAUUUGGUUCAAUCAGGCGGUACUCUAAUAGAAUGCCAGAAAGUGCUGGCUGCACAUGGAGCAGCAAAAAUCAGUGCUUAUGUCACACACGGGAUUUUUCCAAAUAGAUCGUGGCAACGAUUUGAACGUGAUAAUGGAGUGAAACUAUCAACCACCUCCACCAAACGGUCCUAUAAUAUCARGGCAUCCUGAGAAUGGGCUUACCUACUUCUGGAUUACUGACUCGUGUCCAAUGACUGUUAAAGAAGUCGUGAAUAAAGCCCCUUUUGAAGUUCUUAGCCUCUGCGGUGCUAUAGCUGCAGCGCUUCGCAUAUAACAAAAUCAAGGACUGCCUUCCGGAUCACGAGAUCAACAUGUGAGCUUUGCUUUCAGUCUUGCCUUUUCCUUUCUAAGUUYAUGUUUUAUGUAUGUGUGACGUAUAGUAUGCUUUAUCACUUACUAGCAAAUAAAAAUAUUGUAUGGAUUUGAGUUGCUAUGCGGCAAUAAGGAUGCACCAAUCCAGCGGAUAAAGUGGGGUUGCAGUCGUCUUUCGAAGCCACGGAGCAGCAGUGACCCGUGCGACGGUUCCCACUGCCAUAUGGGCCAUUUAUGAAACAUCUACAACUCUUUCUAUUUUUUGAUAUUCUUUUUUUCAAAUAAAAGUUUUGAAAACA